AUGGGAAAAACCAGUAAAGAUAAGAGAGAUCUUUAUUAUAGAAGAGCCAAGGAGGAAGGCUGGAGAGCAAGGUCUGCUUUCAAGCUCUUGCAGCUUAAUGAGCAGUUCAACCUUUUCAAAGAUGUUCGCAGAGUGGUCGAUCUGUGUGCAGCACCCGGAUCUUGGUCUCAGGUCCUUAGCAGGGAGCUCUAUGAAAAGCAGUCAAACAACAGUGAAACUCCCGCCAAAAUUGUCGCCGUAGAUCUACAACCAAUGUCUCCAAUCGACGGAGUGACCACUUUACAGGCUGAUAUCACUCACCCUAAGACGUUAGAGAAAAUACUGGAAAUCUUUGGAGGUGAGCCUGCAGACUUUGUCUGUUCAGACGGAGCUCCCGAUGUUACUGGUCUACAUGAUUUGGAUGAAUAUAUACAAAGUCAACUUAUUUUGAGUGCUUUACAAUUAACUACCUGCAUUUUGAAGCCUGGAGGAUCGUUUGUGGCCAAAAUUUUUAGAGGAAAGGAUAUUGACUUGCUGUACUCCCAAAUGGGUUUCUUAUUUGAACAUGUAACAUGCGCUAAGCCAAGAUCUUCCCGUGGUACAUCGUUGGAAAGCUUCAUAGUGUGUCAAGGUUACCGACCCAGAGAUGGUUGGAAGGGCACCUUGGAUGGAAAAAAUUUACUUACACCAGAACUGUUCUUUGAGGAUGUCAAUCUUGGUAAGAGGAUUAAGUUUGACUCCGAUUUACCAAACACCAAAGAUUUUGAAGAGGAAAGGCACGUCGCUCCUUUUAUUGCAUGCGGAGAUCUUUCAAGCUAUGAUUCAGACGCAACCUACACCCUAGAGGAAGAUUUCAGAACUGUAAGUCUGGAUCCAGUGCAAUCACCGACGGCUCCACCCUACAAAAAAGCGUUAGAACUCAAGAGGCUGGGUCAACUUAAAAUACAUGUAAAGUAG